AUGAACCGCCUGACUCGCAUUAGCAGAUCCAAGAGCUCCAACAACUUUAGCAGAGUUUGGAAACCCCGAACAUAUCAGAUUGCAAACAUGAGUGACAAGAGCAGUCUCGACAAGGAGCAUGGCUCCGUUGGGAGUGCCUUCAAAGCGGAUGGCUCGGUCGGAGGCACAGCUCAGAAAGUCGGCGGCCCUUUCGAUAAGGAGGGUGCGGUUGGCAAGCAGUUCACCGAAGGUGGCGCACUGGGAGGAACAGCCCAAAGUGCAGCAGAGACAGCGCAAGGAGAGAAACCCAGUGCUUUUGAUGCACAGGGGAUGAUCGGCAAGCAGUUCACGACCGAGGGAGCAAUAGGAGGGAUGGCACAGAAGGUGGGCGGCCCAUUCGACAAGGACGGCGCGAUCGGAAAACAAUUCAAACCAGAUGGUGCACUUGGUGGCACAGUUCAGCAGAACUUGGGCGACAAGAAGUAA